UUUGCCAAAAUAGAUACCGAUUAGGGUAUGGCGUCUUCUAGAAGGUCCUCGGGAUCAGCAUGUCCUUUUCGGCGGUCGAUUGCCCCGGCGGAGGGCCGCUCCGGCUUCGCCUCGUCCUCCACCAGCCUCUCCGCUUGCUCGCCUGCUACCUUCUUCCACCAUCACCAGCGAUCCGCCUCCUCCACCCGCGUCCACCUCGCCGGUGCCGGAUCUACCCUCGCCCCCUCCGUGCUCUUCUCCUCCAAUAGCCGGUCUGCCUCUCCCGCUCGCUCCAUUGCCACGGGGGCUGACAAACGAUCUUCCCCUGCUCGACGGCGUACCUGUCUCUGUUCACCGUCCACCCACCCGGGAUCCUUCCGAUGCCACCUCCACAAGGGCCUCAACCUCCGCGAAGCCGGCGGCUCCACCGUCGCCGCUGCUUCGCCGUCGAACAGGCUCAACGCGAGGAGGUCCGCGAUGGCCAACUCACUGGUCCGGAUCGGAGCGGUGGAGGGAGAGUUGGUGAAGCGCGCCCUCUCCGCUCUCAUCCGCCCGUCCUCCCACCAGCAGCGGCGGCGGGUUGCUUUCCAACCCCGCCCUAGCCGCCUCUCCCGGAUGUCCAAGGCUGAAGAUCCCUAAAUCUCCGCCAUCUGAUUCGCCGAUCUAGAACCAGGUUCGUCGAAAAACAACAAGCACUAUUCUUCCACUCUCUUCUCCUCGCCACCACCGCCAGAUUCGAGGGCGAUCUUCGGAUUCCGAUCGGAGGCGACACUGGAGUUUUUUUUUUCCUUCCCAUUUUGGGCAUUUUUUUUGUACCAAUAAAGGCAGGUUAGAUCAGGUAGAUGGAAUUGAGGCGGCGAUUUGAUCCGAUCCGUCGGUUUUGUACAUACUCUCAUCUAGCUAGCGUCGAUGCUACGCUGGAACGAACACCGGAAUUAAACUGAUAAGAAACACUUUGGAGAAAAGAAAUCAACAAAAUUCAUCUUGAAUUACAGUC